AUGACUUUAGCAGUGCUCAAGUUCAAGGGAAGGCAAAUUAACGAGAUGCACGAGCAAAUUAAGGAAUUGACGGAGAAACAAAUUCAGCUUCAGAGUUCAGAAACUCCAUUGGAAUUAAAUGACGAAAUAAAUCGCCUACAAGCCACAAUUGACAAACUCGAGCUCGAUAAGGCGCAUUACAAGAACAAAUCCCGCGAACAAGCCGUUCAAAUUAACGUUCUUCAACGCAAAAUUCAGGAAAAUCAACAAGAUAACGAUUCGGGCGAUGCUUUAUCCGAUCUUGACAAACAACAAGAGCUUUUGAGCAACAUCAGUGCAAAAAAUAAACACAUCAAACGCCUUCUCCGUGACAUCGAGGAGCUUGAAAGUCAAAAUGUCAUCCAAUCUCGUCUCGUUGCUGAACUUCAAGAAAUCCAAAGAGACGGAAACAUCAACUUGGCAACACUUUCGCAACAAUUUCACGAGUCUCAAGUGAUAAUUAACAAGCAAAGUGACACAAUUAAGGAAAAUGUCCUUGAAAUGGAGAACUUGAAACAACUUCUUGCGAAGGCAGCUCAAGAAAAAAGUGACAUCAACAAAGAAGUCGAAGCGUUUAAAGUCCAACUCGAGGAACGAGCGACAGUUUGGCAAGAAAUUUUGGCAGCUAAAGACACGGAAUUGAAAGAAAUCAAAGAAAAAUACGACGAAUUGGUAUCAAAACAUCCCGGAUACAACAUCGAUCAAGAGCGAAAUGAGUUCCAAAGACUCACGGAUGCCAUUGUCGACAAAGAUCGUGUCAUCCAAGAGAUGGAAGAACACAUUAAAACCCUAAACACGACAAUUCAAGACUUGAAAAACGACGUUAGUCGUCUCACGAGCGACAAAAAACAGUUUGAAAAGGAAAAACUCGAAAGCAAAUCCGGAAAAUGUUGUUCCAAUACGUCACUUUUGCUCGAAAAAUCCAACGAACGUUGCAUGGAGCUUCAAGAAGCCCUAUCACGAAUCGAAUCCGACAACGUUACGAAGGCAAAACAAGCCUUUGAUGCCAUCGAAGCACUCAAAAACUACGAAAAAGGUCAAUAUGGGCUCCCCGAAGCUCUUGUAAAAAUAAAUCAUCUUCGCGACAAAAUCAAUUCCCGCGAUAAGCAGAUCCGUGAACUCAUUUCUGACGUGAAUCAAGCUAAUGAACUGGCAAUGGAGAAUUGUAUUUUGCGAAAAAGGUUAAAUAUUCCCAUUGACGACGUGAUUUCGACGAAAAAUUUUGUCGCAAAGCAGAAGCGAUAUGAAAAAUUGAAUGAAAAACUGAACCUGAAGCUGCGCGGAUAUGAAGAAAUGGUUUUGCAACUCAAACUGGAGCGAAAUGAACUUCGAAGGAAGCUCCAUGGAGAUCAUGGAGACACCAAAAAGCGUGAUUCGAAGAAAAAACGACAAGAAAAUGUCAUUGACGAUGAUGAAGUCGACAUUUCAACGGAAGAUGAUAAUUCUUCGAUGUUGGUUCAAAGUCAGAAUUUGUGUGAAAAAUGCUUGAAAAAAAUAAAAAAGUCGAAAAACGAUCAAAAAUCGCCCGAAAAUGAAAAUUAUCAAAAGUUACAGAUGCUUCACGAACGCGUCGUCGAGGAAAAUGAGAACUUGCGACUUGGGAUGCACGAAAUUUUGCAACAACUGAGGGAGUGUGAUGCUAAAACAUCGAAUGUAACUGUCGACAGUAGCACUUUGGAACGACUUUUGCACGCAUUGGAUGCUCGUUCGAUCUCGGGAUGGUAUCAUCCAGCGAUGAGGAUGCAAAAUGAACUCUUAGCGACGAAAGAACGUGAGAUGCAACUCUUAGAACGUGUUCGCAUGAACGAAGAUCUCUUAAUGAAAGGCGUCGUGAACAUGGGAGACACCCAAAAAAUAAUUCAAAUCGAUAUGAAUCAAGAAGUAACACGACUUCGUGAAGCUUUGGAAGAAAAAACGCAAGAUUUGGAAAAGUACAAACGCAUUGUCGAGUCUGACGAUCAAAACCAAACUGAUCUCCUGGCAGAAACGGACCGUUUGAGGAUCGUCGAGAAGCAAUAUGAUGAUUUGGUAGCGAUUUUAGAGAAAUCCGAGAACGAAAGAGACCUUCUUCUUGUAUCGACAAUCAAAAAUCUCAACGAAAUCGAACAUAAAAUGGCAGUAAUGAAGCGAAAAUUCGAUUAUCUCAAACAAGAAAACAUCAAUUUAUCCUCUGCCAUCAAGAAAAUUCGCAUAGAUGACCUCCAAAUGAUCCAAUCUCUCAAAAUUGAAUUGGCUCAAAAGGCAACAAGCGAUUCUGUUUCAAGCGCAAGACAAUCUCCCGUACCUCCAACGAUCGAUCAACAAGAAAUUCGUCGCGUAAACCUCGAAUUAUCGAGUUCCUGUGCCCGAUUGUUCAAAAAUAUGUGUCGCGUUCAAGGCGCAAGUGACACAAUCGAAAUGGAUUUGACGAAACUCGAGAACGUCGCUAUCGUAAAAGACAAUUUGGCAGUAGAUCUUAUCACGAUAACCGAAUUUAAUGAUCUCAAAAGUGCUAAAGAGCGUCAAAAUCAGGAAUUGCGCGAGAUGAAGGCCAAAAAUGCGCAAAUGGAAAAAGUUUUGGAAAUCAUGAAUCAACAGCUGAAGGAACAGCAGAAGAUGUUGACGAAAAAAUCAGAUGAAGAGAUCAAUUUGAGGCAUUUGGUAGCGGAUUUGCAGAGUACGAGUGAUGAUAAUUACUUGUUGGUGAAGACAAAAACGGAGCUCGAUAUUGCUCAAGCAAGUGAGGAACAUCUGAAGUGCAAAAAUGAGCAAUUACAGCAAGAAAUUCAAGAGUUACAGAGAGAAUUGAAGUCGAAUGAGGUCGAUAAAGUCCAAAUUGACAGAGAAACAGCAGAAAAAUCGAAAAAUGAUUCGUUGAAGAUAAAGUUUUUGAAGAAAACACUUGCGAAUCUGAGAGAUGCUUACAUGCUGUAUACCCCUUUGUACGCGAUCGAAGACUUUUUACGGCUUUUUGCGAAAAUAAUAGAAGCUAAGAAAAAAUUAGACGAACGCGAAAAGACUCUCAACCAACAAUCCAUGCAAAAAGAUCUCCAAAAACUCGAAGAUGACCUUCGAAAACUUUCAAACACAAGCGAAGUUCAACUGAAAAUCGAUCUUUUGAAACUUCAAACGCAAAAUCAACUCUUGAACGAACAACUUUCCAAACUUGAAGACAAAUUUAAGGAACAAGAACGUACUUUGCAUGAAACUACGAUGAAAAACAUCGAAAACUCUCAACAUUGGAACACAAUCCAGAUGCUUUUCACUGAAAAUCGUACGUCUGGAGGUCGAUUCGCGACAAAAAUCAUUCAAACUGACAGGAAUUCUGUAGAUAAAUCUGUUGGAACUGACAAAACUUCCCACAAAUCUUCCGAAAAACAAGAUGAUCCCGAACGAACGCCUUCAGAAAAAGCUUCUCCAAUGCAUGUUGGGCGUCAAAUCGACUCUGAAAAGUUUGCUCAUGCCGUUUCUUCACAAGAAUCAUUAAAAACUCAACUUAAACAAGCUUUGAAUCUCGCAAGUGCAAGAAGUGCUUUGCUUCUUGAGACAGAAACACGUUUGGCGGAAGCGCAUGGAAGAGUCAGAUCAUUGGAAAAGUCCCUCGAAGACAAGGAAAGUCAAUUAAAAGCAGCGAAAGACACGAAACCCGACAAAACCACAAACGAACGGAAGGAAGACAAUAUUUUAAGCAUCACAAUUGCUUCGUUGCAAAACUUAUUACUUGAAAAGGACACAACUUUAUCCCGCUAUCGUGAAUUACUUGAAGCAGAACGUCAUGAACACUCGAAAAUCCAUGAAGAGCAACUUAUGGAGAUUAAAAAACUCCGUUUUAAGGUCGAAGAAUACGAAAAAGAGAUCAAAAAACGAGAUGAAGAAAGCAAAAUUGAAGUUAAAAAAGCAGAAAAAGACGAAAAUCGUAAAAAAAAGAAGGAAAUCACGUCUUCGAGUGACUCCGAAGAUCAUUCCAGCAGCAAAAUCGGGUCUGUUGAGAAGCAAAACACGGAAAGUACGAAGGAAAAAGCGCAAUCCAAGGCGUUGGAAGAAGAAAUUACAAAAUUACACAUCCAACUUCAAGAAGUCAGCGAUCGUGAAAAAAUUUGGGAGAAGAGUUUGAACGAAAAAGAGUCUGAAAUCCGUAAAUUACGUGAAAAACUUCAAACAACGCAUGUCGAAGGAGUCGAAAUCACGGAAAAUCUCGUAAAUCGUCGUGAAUUGGAGCAACUUCGAGCAUUAGUUGACGAAAAGGAGCGUCACAUUCAAGAUUUAACCGAAACUUUGAGUCAUUUCCACGAUGAUCAACAAAAAUUCAUGAACGACACGGAUAUUAAUGCCACAGAAGAAGUCACGCAACUCAGUUUGGAGUUAAAUCGAGCCGAAGCUUCAAAUCGCAUACUAAAAACUCAACUGGAUGCCAUCAAAAGACAAUUAUCGAACGUCACACAACGCGAAACUCAAGCGCGGGACUUGAUUAAAAACCUAAAAGCGCAAUUAAUUCGUCGUCCCGUGAUUUCCAUCAAAUCCGAGAGCUUGAUGAGUGUUCGAGAGGAGCAAUUAAGGAAACGAAAUCAACAAUUAGAGAACGAAUUGAGCGACAUAAAAGACGAAUUGCAUCGUCAACGAGCCUUAAACGACAAUCGACGAGCCAAAAGUGCUUCAGACCUCAAUUUAUGGGACAAGCAGAAACGUUGGCAACAAACCGCCGAAAAGCUCAAGGAAAAACUCAACGAACGCGAUGCUGAACUCGAUAAACUUCGUGCCACAGUUACAACUGCCAAAAACUCCAUCGCUCGUCUCGAACGAGAAAAACACAUUUUGGAGCAACGACGCGCGAAUCAUUACUGCAAUUCAGCGUCUUGUCCUAAUUUGCAUAUCGCAACUGGAGGAAAUUCGAACGAUAGAUCGGCAAGUGCAGGCGGAAAAUAUUCGGAAAGUCCCGAAUCGUAUGUGACUUCGAGUGUUACGCCUGAACAUGGAGGCGUAGCAUCUGUUCAAGUGCUGAACGAGUCAAAUCGAGAACUGGUAGAAGCGUUAAAAAGUCGCGUGGAGGCACAACAAAGGAGAAUUGUCGCAUUAGAGCUUGAAGGCAAAGGAUCGAAUGCGUUAGUGAUGGAAAUAGAAAAACUUCAAGACGCUAAUUCGGAGUUGCAAGCCUUGAAUGUUCGAUUGGAGGCGAAAAAUUUGCAAUUCCAACUCGAAAAUGAUAAAUUGCGACAAGGAAAUAACUCGGAGUUGAUGUUGAAGCAAAUUAAGCAUUUAGAAGAUUACAUCAGCACCAUCAAAGGCGAACUAAUUCGCUCAAAGGGAGCAAUUGAUGCUGCCAAAGAGACAAUCACUCAAGAACGGAACAAAAACCAACAACUAGAGAAAACCGUGGCAACAUUACGAGCCAUGAUCGACAAACUCAAGACCGAAUCUCGACCAAAAUCGGGACGUAGUUCGACUCCAACAACUAAAUCUCCCGAAAAACAGCAACCAUCAACGUCACGUGUCUCAAAUGAAAUGUACGAAAACCUCCAAUCGGAGUUCCAUAAGAUGCAAAAGGCCUAUAAUGAGCUCACGGAGAAACUUACUUCGAUGCAAGUCGAAUUGCAACUACAAACAGGCACUUGUAGCAAUUGCGGAGGACGACGUUACAGCGAAAGUAGUUCAAGCGAGAGUGUUGGAAGCGGCGAAAUUCCCGAUUUGGAGACAGAAUUGAAACGUCUCAAGGAGAAAUUGACGGAAAAGACACGUUUAUUGGACAAAGCGAAGAUUUUACUCACACGCGCUGCGGCAAAAGAGAAAAAUCUGCGCGAACAAAUCUCGUAUUUGCGACGUCGUUGUUCGGAAUUGCAAAAUGUUCCCGUAAUUGAGGAGACGAGUGAAUAAUUUUAGUGGUUAGAGUGAUU